AUGGAGAACGUGAAGGAAGAGGCUGUCAAUCCACCGAGGGCUCGAAAACCGAAAUUGACGCAUCGACACUUUUUCGAAGAGACUGGCCUCAAGAAGGUCAUCGGAGACUGCUCUAAGAUCAAAUUCAAAGGAGAGGGGCACGAGUUCGAAGACCUCAAGGUGCUGAUGGCAACGUACAAGAAGUGGUUCAAGGAAGUGUACCCUUUCGAGGACAACUUCGAGGAUUUGAUUUGGAAGUCCCGUGCAGUUCUAGACAAGAAGGAGCAGGACGACAAGGGUCUGGUAAGUAACCCGAAAGAUGAGCUGCAUGAGCUCAGACUUUGGUACAAGACUUCUGCGAAUCAGGUCUCAAAGCCAAUGGAAGAGGAGGCUGGCCAUCGGCAGCUUGACCCAGAAACUGCCAAGCGCGUUGCGGAGAACCGUGCGCGAGCGCUCGAGCGGAAGAGGCAGCGCGAGGAGGCAAUGGAGCGGGAGGCCCAAGCUGCAGCGGCUGCGCAGGCCGCACAGACAGCGCCUGACUUUUUCGAGGCAAGGAGGAAGAUGAUGCAAGGAGCCGAGUUCAGCGCCCCAGUUGCGCCAACUGUCAGGACUUUGUCUCCUGCGAUGGCCCGAUACAGGAGGCCUGCAGCUUAUCAGAGCGAGGCCUUGAGGGCUCUGAUCGGAAAGCGUGGCCGCCUCCCAGGCCAACGUGUUGCAGUGGCUGGCAAGCCCUCGCUGGCAGAGCAGGUCAGUGGCGUCACGUGCUACCCGCUCCGGAGCUUUGCCAAUGCUGAACAGCUGGUAGCCGCAACAGAGUCACGUCUACGCCUUGUUCGUGGCUGGGCUGUCUACGAGCGUGGCGACCGGCCUGGGCACUUCGUUGCGGAGCGCUAUUGGUGGAACAGCCACCCAGACGGGCAAUGGGUCGAUCUCACCCCUCGCCCAGAGGGCCUGGAGGAGUUGCUGCUGGUCGAGGCGCCUGGCAGCGAGAAGCCUCGGGGCUCCUUGACGGCCCAACAGGCGGCCUUUGCCCAGCGGCUUUUGGCCUGGCGAUUCCCGAAGCUGGCCGCCAACAUGGCGCCGGCAGUGGCGUCGGCAGCGGCGCGUCCAGUGAAAUCCGUGGAGCCAUCGCGGCAAGCGCAGCCAGCGCAGCCAGCGCAGCCAGCGCAGGCAGCAAAACCAGCGCAGGCAGCGCAGCCAGCGAAACCAGCGCAGGCAGCGCAGCCAGCGCAGCCAGCGAGCCAGCCGGCGAAGGUGUUGGAUUAUUCCAAGUGGAGCAACAUCGUCGACUCGGACGAAGAGGAAGCUCCGCAGCGCAGAGAGGACGACGCGGACGUGGGGGUCAAGGACUUGGCGGAAGGAAGAAAGAAGAAGCCCGUCCUGCCAGUGCCCGACUUCCUUCAGGGCAGCACGGCCGGGGGAGGUGGCACUAACUGUUUAACCUCCUUGCUGAAGAUGCUGGACUCUGAUGAGAAGAAAGAGGACCAUGCGCACAGCUUGGCCCAGGUCUUCGGUCGCAGCUUUCACUCCGCCAUGCUGGAUCGCCCGAGGCAGAGUUUCUACAAACGUGGUCUGGACAGCCUGGACAAGGGCACCUUUGUGGUCAUGUUGGGACUUGGUUCUGUGCUUCCGCUUCUCCAUGCCGCGAAGCGUGGGUUUUCUGGACUGCUGCUCGAGACGUCAAACAAGUUGGCAGAGGUGGCUGAGCACCUUCUGAAGGCGAACAACCUCACCUUUCCAGUUGCUGUUGUCAAGGAAGGCCUGGACAAUGAAGCAGCGGUGCAAGACACAAUCUCAAGGCAGGUGCCCAAGGUGGCCACCGCCUGUGUGGUCACUGAAAGGAUGGCGCACGAUCUGCUGUCAAAUGGCAUUGUUCCCGCAUGCGUCACAGUGCACCAGGCCCUGCGGAAACGUGGGGUCACAUCUAUCCGGCACCUCCCAAAGACUGUGGAGCUGCUGGCAGCACCAGCGGAGAUCCGCUCAGAGCGGUUGCUGGACUUCGACCUGCGGCCCUUCAAUACCCUACGUCACACGUCCUCGAACCCGAAGGCAGACUUUUGGUGGUGGCCGGUGCGGAUGGAGAGCCAGCCCAACACACACUGCGCCCUCUUGGGGCCCGCGAAGACGCUUUGCGGCUUCGAUUUCGAGCGCUCGCCCGAGAUCGCCUUGGACGAGGUCCGGAGGCCGAUGAAGCUCCAAGCUGACCAGCGCGGUCGCUGCAAUUGCGUCGCUGUCUGGUGGGUGGCAAGGUUUGGGGAUGAGGAGUACUCCACACGCCCCGACCUGGAGAGUGCGCGGCGCUCUGAGCGCUCUGAGCGUUCUGAAUGGAAGCAGGCCAUCCACUACCUUGCAGGCGAGACGUCCAUGUUCAACGGGGACGUGAUCGACCUGUUGGUCUCGAUCACCCCGCGCUUCACCUUUCGCAUGCGGCAAGAAAGUCCCAUGUCCGUGGAGGUGCCGAUUUGGGUGCAAGCGCCGACGAGUACCAAGUUCUCGGCGACGCUGCCGAUCCUGCCAUACCAUUUCCUCAUGAUGACGGACAUGGAGCGUGCACAGGUUUACCAAAGGUCAAUUCGCGAUGCCGUGCAAUCCCAACGCAAGAAGCUGGGUCGCCGGCCGCGGGUGCUGGAUGCAGGCUCUGGCAUUGGCCUGCUCGGAAUGAUGGCGGCGCUGGAGGGUGCAGAAGUAUGGCUCUGCGAAGCAGUGCCCUUGAUGCGGCAGACCUGCCGCGAGGUGGUGGCCGCCAAUGCUGCUCUCAUCACCGAGAAGCGUGGCUUGGUGAACCUUCUGCCCCCGAUGAUGUCAACCAGGCUCGUGGUUGGGGAGGAUGUAGAAGAAAAGUUCGACAUUGUCGUCUCAGAGGUCAUGGAUCUCUGGUGCUUGGGCGAAGGCAUCAUCCCGACAAUGCGGCAUGCCCACAAGAAGCUCUUGGCCGAGACCGGCGUGAUGCUCCCUGGACGCUUGCAGAUCUUCGUGCAGCCCUUGGAGCUGUCGCUCUGGGGCCAGGCUGAGCGGGAGAACGGUGUGGACCUGCAGGCCAUGGGCAAACACUUCAGGAGCAAGUUUUCGGCCGUGAGAAUCGACCAGUUUCCAGGGCGGUACCUCACCGAGGAGCCCAUCGCGGCUCUUGAGGUGAACCUUGCCUGUGUACCGGCGCAGCCCGGCGAGGGCGAGCCGAAUGUCGAGAACGACGUCAAGCUGUGCAUAAGAAUGGGUGGAAAGGCUGCUUUGCGGGCAAAAAUCUCCAGCGUCAAGGUGGAUCACAGCGGCAUGCUGUCAGGUUAUGGUAUUUGGUGGUCAGCGGAUCUGGGAAAUGGCCACGAGGUGACCAGCAACCCCAGCAACGCGCAGAGGAGCUGGAAGCAGCUGAUCCGCUGGCUUGAUGCACCACGGUUUGUGUCGGCUGGGGAUGACAUCCAGGUUCUGGCGUGCUACAACGACCACCAGGUCAACGUGGAGGAUAUUUACCUCCCACGUGAAAUGGUGGACAAGUACCAGGAGGAGCUGCUGGCAGCCCAGGCCGCCAAAGGCGCCAUGCCGGGGCAUGCGACGGAGGAGGAGGAGCUUGUAGAGGUCGACUGA